AUGUUAUGGGUGAGGGUUGGACAAGUGCACGCUGGACAAGUACUUACAAGUAAAUUUACUUCUGGAAAAGGACAAGUACCGGCUUCAUUACGCAAGCGGAGUACUUGCCCUAAGUACUUGGGCACAACUAAAAUGGAUUCAUUCGUGCAUCGUAUCAUUUCACACGAUGAUUUACAAGAAGUGGAUAAUAUUUUAACUGUAAAAAAUGGUGAAGAAAUCACUCUGAUAUGGUACGAUGAGAAGAUCGAUAAUGAAGUUCAAAAUCUAAUGGAUAAUACAAAUGACUGUAACUAUCUCUGUCACACUCGUGAACAAUUCGAAGAACAAGUAGAAAAGAAUAUUAAUGAAAAAAUUAUUUUAAUCGUAUCAGGUCAACUGGCUGAAGAAACACUCUCUCGAUUUCAUAAUAGAAACGAAAUUGAUUCUGUUUAUAUCUUUUGUUUACAAGCGCAAUUAUAUCAGUCGUUAAUCGAUUGUAAAAAGUAUACGAAACUUGUUGGUGUAUAUACCGGAUAUAAGCAACUAUUUGAUAUCAUUCAAAAACAACUACGCUUAUUAAUUAAAUUUCGUAUAUUUAAUCAAAAACAAAAAGCUUUUCGUCUUCUUACAAAUGAUUCAGGUGGAUAUCUAUGGUAUCAAUUAUUGAAAGAUUUUUUAGCUGAAAUGCCUGUUACAGACUACACUAAAGAAGAAAUGUUAGCUUGCUGUCGUUACCAAUACCGUUCAAACCAAAGCCAAUUGAAAAUAAUUGAUGAAUUUGAAGAUAUUUAUGAAUCACCUCAGGCAAUUACCUGGUAUACGCGUGAUUCAUUCGUCUAUCGUAUUGUUAAUAGAGCAAUACGUACACAGGAUGUUGAUGCAUUAAUUCAAUUACGUUAUUUUAUUUUCGAUCUAUGUACACUUUUGAAAAAGACAAGUGACGAACAGAAACAAAAUCGAGUGAGUCGAAUACUCUAUCGUGGUUUGAGACUGACUGAUACAGAGAUUGAACAGCUAAAAGCAAAUGAAGGAAAGUUAAUAGCAGCAAAUGGCUUUCUUUCAACAACUCCAUCGACAGCUGCAGCUGAUAUGUUUGCAGCUAAUGUUAUCUUUGAAAUUGAUCUCAAGGAUAAUCUGGAUAAUGUAGUAUUUGCUGAUAUUUCAAGGUUGAGUUAUAUACAAGAUGAAGAAGAAAUCUUGUUUGAUCUAGGAACAAUAUUUCGUUUGAGCACAAUUAGUUACGAUAACACUCGACGUUUGUAUAUUGUGAAAGUAACUGUUGAAAAUGAUAUUGAACAAUUGUACAAUCGAAAUGAUUUUAUCAAAGAUCGUCGCCAAGUGCUGGAACUUAUUAAACAAAGUGAUCGACUAAACAUUGAAUUCGGUUUCCUCUUGAGUCACAUGGGUCUACACAAGAAAGCUAUUCCAUAUUAUGAAAGUUUAUUGGAAAUGCAAUCGAUAAAUGAGGAUGAAGAUGUCAAAUAUCUAAUCUAUACAUAUCUGAUAGAAGCCUAUCUCUACUUGGAUCAAUCAGAUAUUGCUUUAAAAUAUGCUGACCUUAUUUUAAAAAGUAAUUAUACAGCAGUUAAUUCUGCUGAUUGUUACUUUCGUAUAGGUUUAAUUUAUGUACGCACUGAUUAUGAAAAUGCAACACAGUACUUUUUAAAAGGUCUGACUCUCUUUGAAGAAGAUAAAGACAAUUUAGAAAUCUUAUCACUUCUGCACCAUGAAAUGGGUAUUGUAUAUCUAUUCAGUAAAGACUAUUUAUUAUCAGCUUUUGAUCCCGAUAUUGGUGUUCUCUACAGUUCAAUAGCUUUACUCUUUUUAGAAAUAAAAGACUAUGAUAAAACGUUAGACUAUUGUUAUAAAGCUUUGGAAAUAUACAAACUCUAUUUACCAAUUAAUCAUCAAAAUUAUUCGUAUGGCUUUGGUCUACUGGCACGUGCCUACUAUGAACAAGGGAAUGUCGAUUUAUGUAUUGAAUAUUCUAAAAAAUAUUUACAAUUAGAAGAUAAACCAUGGAAAGAUGAUGAAUCAGUUUGA